AAAGCAACAAAAAUCUUCAUGUGGCACACUGAUGAAAACCCAAGCAUUGUUUGUAAGCCCCAGUGUUCGCGGUCGUGUAGUUUCAGGUUAUUUUCGCAAAAAAUCUUGGCCUUCGCAAAUGUGGGAGUGAGAAUCACAGCUCAUUCUGUGUCAUAAAAAUGGAGCUUUCAAUUUUCUUGAAUGGGAAAGGUCAUAGUUUUGAGUCUCUAUUUCGUUUUUGGGAUAAUAAUUGGUAAGAUUCACGUAACUUUUUACAUAAAGUAAUUUCUUAUUUAGUUGAUGAAGAAACAGUUCUUGUUAAAUUGUCUUAUUAUAAAGUUAGCCUUAAAUUAUUCACAGUUACUAUGCUCAUAUAUCUUGAUAACUAAGAAUUAAGUUUUCAAUACAGCAACAAUAUUGCGACGGACACAGUCAUAACAUCGAGAUAACACACACAGAAUUACAUAAACCAUCCAAGGUUGUACACAAAAUGUUAUAACUCAAACAUGUAAACAAAAUAAGGCGGCUACUGAUAAGCGACGAUAAAGUUAUCAGUAUUAAACUGAACACAGUCAUACACGGACGUAUACUUGAUAGUAGAGAAUUCGCGAUAAACACAACAUCAAAAGGAAAAAUGGAUCAAAUAGACUUAAGUGGCAAAGUGGCGAUAAUAACUGGCGCAAGUUCUGGGAUAGGAGCAGAAACGGCAUUUGUAUUUGCAAGAUUUGGAGCUAAACUAGCUCUAGUUGGGCGAGAUGAAGUCAGACUCUUGGAGACAGUCACCAAAUGUUUAGCAAUAAACGACGUGGUACCAUUGUGGAUACCACUAGAUCUAGCCAAUGAAGGAGUUUGUGAAACAGUGGUACAAAGAACAAUAGAAACAUAUGGAAGAUUGGACGUACUAGUCAACUGCGCAGGAAAAGUGGCAAUAUCGUACCUCAGCGACAAAUCAAUGAAAGUAUUCGACGAUCUGAUGAACGUGAAUUUCCGAGUACCAUAUCACUUGUCCCAAUUAUCUUUGCCGCACUUGAUAAAGACGAAAGGGAACAUAAUAAACAUAGGAUCUUCGAUGUCGAAGCGGACUCAGAAAGGGAUGUUGGGAUACACGGUAGCGAAAGCUGCUUUGCAAAUGUUCUCAAGACAAGCUGCCUUUGAGCUGGCUCCAUUAGGAGUAAGGAUAAACUCAAUAAGCCCAGGGCCCACAAAUACGAAUAUUGUGGCUAACCUUAUAGUUCACAAUCCGCAGUUAAUGGAUGAGAUAAAUAGUGUUGUAAAAGAAUCUUCAUCUUACGGGAAAUAUUUGGAUCCAAAGGAGAUAGCUCUAUUGAUAUGCUUGACGGCAAGUGAUGUGUUUCCCAGUUUAAACGGUUCGGACAUACUGUUUGAUGGUGCUGCCUCUAUGGCGUGAUUUUCGUUGUUUUUAUUUGUAUGUGCUAUAAGUGAUUUGGUUGUGAAAAUAAAGGAUGUUUUUACGUUAA